GCGGGGUUUUUUACGUCGUUUUUUCCAUGGUGCACGUAAACACUGCCUUUCGUUCUAGUACUCGCAAUUGUAAAACCGAUUAGCGUGAUCGCGAAGGUGAUUGAUUUUCACGCUAAUUCGGUAAGAGAUCGAAGCUAUAGUAUAGAAAUUUCAUCCGUAUAAACGUAAUUCUCGAUCGAAGACAUCAUCGAAACGGACGUUGCCAAAAGCAUCGAACGCUGAACCAUUGCAGAUCGCGGAAGAAAUUCGAAUAGACCGGUGGAAGGAAAAAGUCAAAAGACAGAUAACCGAGGAUCGGCUAGGAUAACAUUCCGACGAAUCACGUUGCAAUAAGGAGACGAGAAGUUUGUACGGAACAAAGAGGAAGGAUAAAGGGAGGAAAAGGAAAGAAGGUACACCGCGAAUAUACCGGAAAUUUGAACGUGCGAGGAAUUCUUUGAUCGACCUUGAACCAUCUUGGCAUUACACAAACCACAAUCAUGAUACAUCGUGGAAACGCACAAACUAUACGUUGCAUCGAACCAGAAAUGUUCUACGCUUCUUUUAUGAUAUUUCAACUGUCUUACCGAUCGCCGAUUUGAAAAGUCGGCGGAUGGACGUGGUAGUAGUUGGAAAGUCCGAACACGGAGGAAAGAACGAACUGGAAAUCCGUCGUCAUCGGCGUCGGCGUCGGCGAAGAAACGCCAAGUUGACGAAAGUAGGCAGAUUUGCGCGAAGGAAGCGAGAACGGAAGAAGAGUGUGACACGUUACGAACCAACUGGGAGUGGGAAAUCGUGCAAGCGAGAGGAGAAAAAAAGUGUACAUACGUAUAUCUAUCGAGUGGCAUCGAGCAAAUCGUUGUUCUCCUAGGAAGGUCGCUUCGAACAUGUCCAUCGGUGCUCUCUCGUCAACUUCUUGAGGCGUUACCUUUCUCCCCCGUCUGCAAACUGAUUUUUUGAUACCUCGCGUAGCGAAAACCUCGUGCCACGUACACGAACACGAAUGCCACCUGCGAUACUCUUACAUCGAUUUAUAUUUAUUCGUUUCGAUAAUUUUCUAGAAUCGUAACGCGUGUGCGGGUUUAACUCGGUGGUGAAGUUCCGUUAUUUGAAAGUUGCUGUAUAUCGUCAAAUCGCGUUUCUUUUUGCCCGGAGGGAAUGUACUUCUUGUUGUUGGUUGAUUGGUGCAAGUGAGAAUAAAAAUUGGUGUUGGUUGGUCCUGUUGCGACGAAAAGAUUCGCGGUUACAAGAUGAUACUGCUUCGAACGACUUUGAUGGUGCUGUUCACUGUGAUGGCUACCGGGGCACCGCGAUCUUCCGUCAUUUACGCGGACGACAAAGUGCAAAAUUAUCUCAUGAAAUUUGGAUACCUACCCCAGACGAAUCUAGAGACCGGAAACCUUAGGACAGACGAUCAGCUCACGGACGCCAUUAAAAAUUUACAGAGAUUCAGUGGCAUUCCUGUAACCGGUGAUAUCGACGAAGCUACGAUGAAAUUAAUGAAACUUCCGCGGUGCGGACUUCCGGAUAAAGUGGAUCCUAGAUUUACUAGGGUCAGGCAUAAACGAUAUACGAUCCAUGGACAACAAUGGCUACAUCGGAAUCUCACUUGGAGCCUGAGAACCGAGCAACCGAGUGGCCUCGACACGGGCGGCGUUCGUUUCGAGCUAAGCAGAGCCCUCGAUCUCUGGGCGAGAAACUCCAAGCUUACUUUUCAGGAGGUUAACAGCGAUAGGGCGGAUAUUCUGGUUUACUUUCAUAGUGGUCAUCAUGGCGAUGGAUAUCCAUUCGAUGGGAGAGGCCAGAUUCUGGCACAUGCGUUCUUUCCUGGUAGAGAUCGCGGCGGAGACGUUCAUUUUGACGAGGAAGAAAUAUGGUUGUUGCAGGACGACAACAGCAACGAAGAAGGAACCAGCCUUUUCGCGGUGGCCGCGCAUGAAUUUGGCCAUUCUCUUGGCUUAGCACACAGCUCGGUUUCUGGAGCGCUCAUGUAUCCCUGGUACCAAGGAUUGAGCUCUAAUUACGAGUUGCCGGAAGACGACAGACACGGUAUUCAGCAAAUGUACGGUGCACCCGAAGAGAAGCUCUGGGCCAAGAUACCAGGUGGUCCGCCACCUCCGGAACGACCUACAACGGCCCGGACAACUACGACAAGCGUUGGGACGACGUACAGACCAUGGAGAACACGACCAACCAGGCCAAAUCACUAUCCAAACGACGACAGGCCUCGCCGCCCUGAUCGCUACCCUCAAAAGCCGGAUUACAGAACAGAGAGACCAGAGAGGCCGGAGGACAGACCUCAGAGGCCUCACAAACCUCACAAACAUCACACCACCUCCACUACUACCACUAGUACCACUAGCACUACCACUACCACCACCACCACCACCACCACUACCACCACCGUCAGGACACCGUACACGCAAAGGCCAAGGCACCGAUGGACAACGCCGACACCCAAAAACGAUAAACCGGAUAAAUGUGAUACCAGCUACGAUGCCAUCAGCAUUAUUCGCAGGGAAAUUUUUGUUUUCAAAGGACGAUAUUUAUGGAGAAUCGGUGACCAAGGAUUAUACGAGGGAUAUCCAGCGGAGAUCACGCGUUUGUUUAACCUACCUGAGAACAUCGAUCACGUUGAUGCGGUGUACGAGAGGCCAGACAAGAAAAUCGUAUUCUUUAUUGGCAAAAGGUACUAUGUUUUCAACGCCAACAAUCUCGAACCGGGUUAUCCAAAACCAUUAACUAAACUGGGAUUGCCAGAGUCAUUGGAAAAAAUCGACGGUGCGAUGAUUUGGGGACACAAUGGAAGAACUUACUUCUUUAGUGGAUCCGAGUAUUGGAGGUUUGAUGAAUCGGUAAACCACAUAGAACUCGACUAUCCAAGAAAUAUAAGCAUGUUCGCUGGUGUUGGAACAGACAUCGACGCUGUUUUCCAAUGGAGAGAUGGCAAAACAUACUUUUUCAAGGGGAAAGGCUUUUGGGAAUUCGACGAUCAAAGAAUGAAGGUUGCACACGAAAAGCAAAAAUUAUCAGCCCCGUUUUGGAUGGACUGCCCUCCGGAAUUGGAAACGAACGAUGUGGAAAGUUAUCCAAGAAAAUCAAAAAUCAUGGCCUCGAACAACGCAUCGUCACGAUCGACCUUCUUCCUCGGGAUAUUUUUUAUAGCGUAUUUUAAUAAAUAUUUGUAAACUGUGAUAUUUA